AUGUCCAGUAAGGAGUUGUCGGGCAGUCAGGCAGCUCAGUACGUCGGGCCCUACCGACUGGAGAAGACGCUGGGGAAGGGCCAGACAGUUCUAAGAAUGAAGGCAGAUGAGAAGACUCUGCUGGCAAAGAAGUCGUGGUUUGGAAAUUUCAUCAGUCUGGAGAGGGAAGAGCAAAUAUUUGUGGUGAUCAGAGACAAACCACUAAGCUCAAUCAAGGCUGAUAUUGUCCAUGCCUUUCUAUCAAUUCCCUCCCUGAGUCACAGUGUCAUCUCUCAGACAAGUUUCCGGGCGGAGUACAAGUCCUCCGGAGGUCCGUCUGUCUUCCAGAAACCUGUCAAAUUUCAGGUUGACAUCGCCUUCUCUGAAGGAGAGAGAGAACGAGAGAGGGAGAAAGAGAGAGAAAAGGAGGGAAGGAGGGAGACUGGCAUCUACAGCGUCACCUUCACCCUAUUAUCAGGUCCUAGUCGCAGGUUUAAAAGAGUGGUAGAGACCAUUCAAGCUCAGCUUCUCAGUACACAUGACCAGCCCUCUGUGCAGGCGCUUGCAGAUGAAAAAAAUGGGCUUUCGUCUCGCCCACCCAGCACACCGACCCGGCAGAACUCUCGUCGCUCGGAGGGCGGAAGUGAUCGCGGUGAGCGAGCAGAGCGCAGCGAUCGAGGAGAAGGGAGCAGUAUUGGCGGUAGUGUGAGUGUACUACAAAGAAAGGGGUCUGGCAAGGAUAAAACUCGCCUCCUGUCCUCAAAUGGGACCCAGUCUCAACCCUAAGUGAACUAAUCAGACAAGCUGUCGAGCGGGAGGGAACAAUCCCCGCUCUUGAUUCCCCCCAGACAUGACUCCCUCAUAGUCCAUCUGCACAGUACACAACAACAGAUAUACUCAGCCUUGAUUUUCACAUCACUAGCGGAAACCCUGGGAUCCAACUGCGACAAUAGGAGAGUCAGGAGUCUAUCCACCUGGAAGUGUUCUUACAUGCAAAUAAUCAUCUGACGAAAAAAAAUACGAUCACUUAUCCUUGUUAGGAACCAAGGAUUUGAAAAAUGGAAGCAAGAUGUAUCGCUUAAUAUAAACCCCAGCUAUAAAUUAUUUCAUACUCUACAAACAAGGAGAUUGACAUUCGGUGGACAUCCUGUGAUCUAAUGGCAACAAACUAUUCAAGGAGGAACAAACACCAAGUGGGACAGGAAAGAAUGUCUCCAAAACUUAUCAUCCUCAUUAUCAUCAUCAUCCUCAUUAUCAUAAGCAAUGAUCCAUCAGAAAAUCACAAUGAGCUGUUUGAGGUAGAGA